UAUUUAUUGCACUUUAUUGCUUCCUGGAGCAUUUAAAAGGAGUUGCUAACAAACAACCAUUUACACAGGCUUAAAAGUUUUCCUUGGAUGUACUGAGCCAUUCUGCAUUUCAAAAUGCAGACUUUCUUGCUUUCCCAGCAACUUAAUGCUAGGUCUUUGACAAAAAACUUCACGGAUUGUCCGGCAAAUGCUACUAUUUGCAGUGGUACAUCCUGUGUGUUACCAGAAGAUGAUUUUAACCGUUCUUUGAGCGUAACUUUAAGUACUGUUCUGACGAUCAUGCUGGCUUUGGUGAUGUUCUCCAUGGGUUGCAAUGUGGAUAUUAAAAAAUUCUGGAACCACAUAAAAAGGCCCUGGGGUAUUUUUGUGGGUUUCCUCUGUCAGUUUGGAAUUAUGCCUCUCACAGCUUUCUUGCUGUCACUGGCCUUUAACGUGCUUCCUAUUCAAGCUGUCGUGGUGCUAAUCAUGGGAUGCUGUCCAGGAGGCACAGCCUCCAAUAUCAUCGCUUACUGGGUGGAUGGUGACAUGGACCUAAGCAUCAGCAUGACAACUUGCUCCACAUUGCUUGCAAUGGGGAUGAUGCCACUCUGUCUCUUUGUUUAUACCAAGAUGUGGACUGAUUCUGAUGCAAUUGUACUCCCCUACAACAGCAUUGGACUUUCACUGGUAGCUCUCAUAAUUCCUGUUUCAGUAGGAGUGUAUGUUAACCACAGAUGGCCUACGAAAGCAAAACUCAUACUUAAGGUUGGUUCCAUAGUGGGAGCGAUCCUUAUCGUGCUCACUGCUGUCGUUGGGGGAAUACUCUAUAAAGGCUCCUGGAUUAUCUCACCUAAAUUAUGGAUCAUUGGUACCAUAUUUCCAGCAGCUGGCUAUUCUCUGGGAUUCCUUCUGGCCCGCGUUGCUGGUCUGUCUUGGAACAGAUGUCGUACAGUGUCUCUGGAAACAGGCAUGCAAAACACUCAAUUAUGUUCAACGAUAGUACAGCUCUCCUUCAGUCCUGAACAACUUGAAUUGAUGUUUACAUUCCCACUCAUCUACAGCAUUUUCCAACUGUUGUUUGCACUAAUAUUUUUAGCAGGGUACCGUGUUUACAGAAGAUACCACGUCAAACCGAACACAGAUGUUGAGAAAACAGAAGAAAAAGAUGAUUCAAAAUCAAUUUCAUCACAUGCUAAAGCAAAUGGAGGUUUUGUAUCAGAUGAGACAAAAUAGACAAUCAUCUCUCUGUUCCCAUCAACUGAAAAGAUAUAAGAUAUAUGGUUUACUUAAACUUCUUUUCAAAUGCUGUUGCUUUAGGGAAAUAUUUAGCAAAAGAAGGAGUUCUAUUGAUAUUGUACAGUGAGACUUUAAAAUGAUUAACUUAUGAAAGAUUUCUGCUUUGAUUUUGAACAUGGUUUCUGCCACAAUUGUACAAUCUAUUUUGGAAGCUAAUUUCCUAAAAUAUUUAAUGUUUUAUUAUGGUUUAUGUAAAGAAAGGCAGAAUAAAGGUGGUCUAUUGCUUAAAAAAAAAAAAAAAAAAAAAAAAAAAAAGCCUUACUGACUCAGGGCCAUGAUCCUGUUAAACUGUCUACUAGUCUCAGCCCCUCUAAGAGAAAACAAACAAAGAGAAAUCUUGCAAAAGUGCCUGAGCAGCAACAGGAGUUGAUGUGGGAGAUUCGAUGAGGCUAUUGGAAUUUCACUGAACAUGAAUCAACCAUGAAAUUGAAACAAGCUAGUAAUGAAAUAAAGUUUCAUUUAGGUCAGUCUGGGCACACUAAAGUCAUUGCACUGUACUAAUUGCUUGAAGUGUUAAUUUAUUCUAAUGCUAUAAGUUUAACAACGCAAGGUACCUUCCAACUCCAGUUUUCUUGCAUGAAUUAAUAUAAAGCAACAGCUUUGCAUCUUCAGUCUGAGUCUAUUAGGUAUUGGAAACAUGAACAGAGAGACAAAGCUUAGGGCACAAGCCUAGAGCAGUUUCAGUGACAGCUGCGUAUAAAGGCUGAGUUUGGGGAAAUUUAAGAAAUGAAUGGCUUCUGCACAGAAAGGGAGGCAUUUGAAAGUGGAAUAAAAUUGUCCCUGAUUCAUCCAGGUGUACAUUCACCACUAUAGAGACAAGAUAACAGUGCUUGCAGACAGUCAUCUAUUUCUGUGAUUCUAUGAACUCAGUAAGUUUGAGGUUACCAUGUGUGCAUGACAUUAAGACACUGAUGUAGUUAAUGACUGUGUUAUUUUAAUUAUAUAAAACACAGACAGAAAUAAUUGGAUGGAAAUAUACAUUAUUUGUCUCCGAAAACUCAAGAGCAUGUAUGGAAAACUGUCCUAAGUGUGUGGAGAAAGUUAGCAUAAUUUUAAGAAAACUAGCACAGUAAAUUUUUUCAGCUGUAAUUUUUUGUGGAUACAUUCAGUAAUAUUAGUCCUGUAGCUCUUAUGCAAAGAAAACAUCGAGAGAACUUCAGAUGAAAUAAGUGAGAACUUGGCUGACCAAAAACUUCAAGAGUGAGCCAACUAUCAACACAUGGAAACUAUACAACUCUUUGUCAUAUUCAAGUGGACCUUCUGAGGUGUUGUGAGUUAAAGUGGCAAGUUUUCUACAAACACAACUGAAAUUGUGGAAUUUAAGUUCCAGACGUGUAGCUUUCCACUGCUGCAGAAAUGUGCCCAAUAUUAAACAAAAGAUAAAUUAUUUUUAUAUACCAUAUGUGGUUGAAAGGGCCUUGAAAUAUUCCUGAGUUCUGAGAGGCUUGAAGCUGCUUUGCAUUCGGGGGAGUUCAGAAUGGUCAUACCUCCAAGGAGGAGUUCAACACCUAGCAGGAGCUAGCACAUAACUAGGUAUGUUAUGUUUCAGAGAAUAAAGAAUAAACAGAAAGUUGGAGUGAAGUCUACUAUGGAGACUUUAUGGAAUUAUAAAUGUGAAACACCAUGUUCACUGAGGAAAGGAUAAGCUGCUAUUUGUGACAUCUGUGGUAAAAAGGCUAAUGUCAUUGUCCUGCUUCCACCUAAAAAUGAGCAGCAGAGGUUAUUUAGAAUAGUGUCUGUCUGCAUCAAGCUGCUCUUCUUUCCCUGUGCUAAACCCCAAUAUUUUAAGCGGAUUUUGAAAUUGUAUUGAAGAAUACUAGUUUGUCUUGCUUAUACUAUGUAUGUGUAUGUAUUUAAAGCAACUGUAUAAACACUGAACUGAAUAAAGUCAGAAACUAUUUAUAA